UUUUUUGUCGUCUUUCUCCGCGAUCUCACUGAAGUGAAAAUGUUCUAGUUCCGUAAUUCAAAGCGGACAAUCUUUUCUAUUCAUCUCUCAGUAACUCGAAAACAGUGAGAGAAAGAUGAUUCACCAAUUGCAGAGCUCUCACUCAUGGAAUUCACCUCGAAUUUUGAGGCCCGGCAAGAGUUCUACGAAGAGAAAUUUAAGGUUGUAUUGUUGUUGGUGGAUCCAGUCUCCAGCUUUACAUGCUGAAUCUUUUUGGAGAGUAAGUGGAGGAAAUUGGGAAGUCAAUGCUGAAAAUAUACAGAAUAAGUUAUAUGCCCCAGCAUCAUCAAAUUUUUGGAAUGCUCAGGUCUUUAAGAUGGGCUUGGAGAAUUGUCCUCAGGAGGAAAAAGUUGAAGGAAAAGAACUUGGAACACAUAAAAAAUCCAAAGGGGAACUGCCACAUCAUGUGCAGGGCUGCCGAGUUAUGUUCCUUUUAGGAUCUAUAUCAUCCUAUCACUUUUUCAGGGUAAUACAGCCAAGUCCCAUUCAUGCAUUGAUGAAGAUGGUUCAAGACUUGGCUCCUCAUGUGCUUCAAGCUUUUAUGUCCACAAAUUUGGCUUUCGCUUGUAUGUCUAAUACCAUCAACAAACCCAUACCUCUUCAAUUGGAUGUAUCUUUGCCAUCAUUUCAAAAUGUUAAGUGGAACUUUGCCCGGUUGCUUUAUUUAUUCAACAUACAAGUUGAGAGAAAUGUUGCCACGUUUUUUGUAGUGCUCUUUGUAGCAUGCUUCUCAUUUGUCAUCAUCGGAGGUUUCCUUUUCUUCAAAUUUAGGGGCAAUACACAAUCUCUUGAGGACUGUUUUUGGGAAGCUUGGGCAUGCCUUUGUUCCUCAUCAACACACUUAAAACAAAGAACACGUGUUGAACGUGUUAUUGGUUUUGUUCUUGCUAUAUGGGGCAUACUAUUCUAUUCCCGUUUGUUGAGCACAAUGACAGAACAAUUCAGGAAUAACAUGCAAAAAAUCAGAGAAGGAGCUCAAAUGCAAGUCAUGGAGAGUGAUCAUAUUAUUAUUUGUGGAGUAAGCAGCCAUCUGAAUUUUAUACUAAAGCAGCUGAACAAGUAUCAUGAGUUUGCAGUCCGCCUGGGUACUGCUACAGCUAGGAGGCAAAGAAUUCUGCUUAUGUCUGAUCUUCCAAGGAAGCAGAUGGACAAGCUUGCAGACAAUAUUGCCAAAGAUCUUAAUCACAUUGAUGUCCUUACAAAGAGGUAA